UUGUUCAUGAUGCCUUGUUAUGCUGAUACUAUCGUUAAAGUGAAUCAGAUUCGUCAAACUUGCAACGAGGAUUCAAAAUUGUUUGCCAUAUGGGCAGUUGGUGUUUAUUCUAUUGAGAAGAUUCCUAAUUCACAAUUGAUUUUUGAAACAAAUGAGUAUUAUUGUGUUGGCGGAAAAAUUGUGCUUGGAUCUUACAAUGGAAAUUUAAGAUUAAAAAUAACUGUCGCAUCCUCGACUCACCUUUCAAUUAAAAAAGAUUUCAGUUCAAAUAGGUGCCCAUUAAAAGUUUUGCUUGUUGGUGUUGCUCAGGAUGCACCUAAAGAGAUUAAUCAUGAAAACGCAAUACUUAAUGUAUUAGUAAAUGAUUGUGCCAGGCAAAUUUACAGUUUUACGAUCAAAGUCGUUUUUCUGCACCAUAAUUCUCGAUUCAAACAUUUAAUGAAUUCUACUCGAUUGCAUGAAUCAGUGCUUUUUGUUGUAGGGCAAAUAGAGAUUAUUAAAAAGGAUUUAUAUGUGUAUCCGUCGAUAUUUCUUAUAAAGAAGAAAGUUAAUAUUUCUGAGAAUACUCCAGCACUAUAUAGAUCCGUUCGUUCAAGACUUUUAAAUGUAUAUCAGAGUGUUAACGAAGAUUCAUCAAAAGCAGCCGGGAUGAAAAAUUCAGAUUUAGAUAACGAAAAGA